CAGUAGUGCUGAAGGUACCGUACCGCCGCAAGACCUUCCUGUGUCGGAGAGCUUGACACCAUGGCUUCGCUUCACUUCUGCUCGGAAUGCAACAACCUGCUCUACCCCAAGGCUGAUCCGCAACGGCGCAUCAUGGUAUAUGCGUGCCGGAUAUGCAACUACGACGAGGUUGGCGAGAACAAGUGUGUAUACAGGAAUGACUUGCUGACGGUGACAAAAGAGCAGAUCGGUGUGACAGGAGACCUCAUGAACGAUACUACACUGGCGCAUGCCGAUAUGCAAUGCCCCCAAUGUGGGAACGAUGACGCUGUCUACUUCCAGGACCAGUCCAAGCGAAAGGAGACACGGAUGAUCCUCUUCUUCGUCUGCACAAAAUGCAAUAAUAGCUUUACGGAUCCAACGGUGGCUCGACCGCAGGAUGUAGAUUGACAUGGACUUGGAGAGGCGGCUCUGGAGACUCGCAUGUGUAUCUGAUCAGUUUUCUUGAUGCUCACCCAUAAACCCAGUACUAUUGGAUGCAUUGUAAUAUAUUGUAUGUUUUCUGGGAUCUAGUCUUGGUACUGCAGCUCUCGUGAUGACAUUCCAAUGUUGUCCCAAA